UGAUUAAUUAAGGGUUGUAGUUAAUUUGGUCUCUAUAUAACGACUAUUUUCAAACACAUGAGUCAAGUUAUAAACACCAGGGCUAUAUAUAGCUAAUUUGGAAGAAUUUGAAGAAUGGGUUCCCUUGGUAUAGUAUUGAUUGUUACAAUUUGUUUACUAACACUAAUGAGUCCACCGAGUAGGAUAAUGGUUGCAAGCCAGUGUUCAGGCCCAGCGGUGGGUUUCGCAUUUGCACCAUGCUUGGGCUUCCUUGACAAUAAGGAUCCAAGGCCAUUGAAAGCAUGUUGUAGUGGACACGAGAAUUUACACAAGAGAGGAAAAACCAAGGAAGAUCGUGUGGCUAUAUGUAAUUGUUUAAAGAUGCUCUUAGAGAAUCACGACCGAAGGCGAUUCCUUAAUAUCAGAGAGCAGUGUCACAUUGACAAAUCGAAAGGACUAGGAAUCCCCGAUGUUGGACCAACUGCCGACUGCUCAAAAACACCAUAAGCAUAGAGGGUUUCCAAGCAUCAAGAUGGAUUCAUUAGGACAACAUAUAUAGUAAUAUGGCAUUGCAUUUUAAUCAAUAUUUAUUAUUUACUGUUUUUAUGGUCAUGAGAAAUUUAUAAUUUUUGUAUUUUUUUAGCCUAUUUAAUUAUUGGUAGUUGGUGAGCUUGUUUUUUUUUUUUUUAACUUAUUUUGUU